AUGAAACUAGAUAGUGCAGCCUUUUCAGUCCUCGGACUGACCUUGCUAACAGUAGCCCAGGCUGAUCAAAAUGUUCAACAGACGCUAUCCAGCCAGUUGACAUCCAUUUCUCUGGCACCAUAUUUCAAUAACAAGGCGUUUGGAUCUCAUCCUGGGUUUGCUGCAUUUGAUACAUUGAAUGAAUCAUAUCCAGACCCCAGCAUUAUUGGUAUCAAGGGAUCAUAUACGUCAAAAGUGACAGGAAUCACCUAUGAGUUUCCCAGUGUCCGUCCUGCUGGUGUUCCAGACAACGUUAUUUGCGAGGGUCAAAUCAUCACGGUCCCCAACUCCCGAUACUUCUCUGCAUCAAUACUGGUCUCGUCAGAUGUGGAACUGUCCACCGUCUCCGGAAAUGUGACCUAUACUUAUUCUGAUAAUUCAACAAUGGUAUCGGAAUUGCGUAGCUUACCCUGGUUCGCAUUUUUGACCAUCAAUCGCGGUGAGAUUAUCUUCCCAUUCCGAUAUACUGCAAAUGGCAAGAAUUUCAAUACGACGCAUAUCUUUGAAUAUACUGCGGCUUUAGAUCCAAGCAAAACUCUCAGCUCAAUCACGCUGCCAAACACAAACAAUGCCACAACAGGUAGACUGCACAUCUUUGCCGUGUCCUUAUGGAAUGCGGCGUCCGCGUCGGCGCAAGUUCAAAAUGUACGGCCAACCCAAAAGUGGACAGCGGAGGGUAAUCAGGUAGUUGAAGUCACUAUAAAUAAUUCAGGCCUCGAUUGCAUUUCUGGAGACGGCUUGAACAUCUCCAUUUCAAUGCCUGGUGUCCAGACUCUGGAGCCAGGAAAUAUAAGGAGACUUUGCCCAGGCGACCAAAAGCGCGUGGAUGUCGGCGUGAAUGGUACAGGAAACGGCAAGGUGGAUAUUCUGCUCAGUCACAGCCGGUUCUCAGUGCAACAAGAAUUUACCAAUGUCUCUAUCGGCUUAACAAAGUGGACCUCAGACCUGUCCAACCUUGCCCGGCAUGAAAGUCCUCAAUGGUAUGACGACGCUAAAUUCGGUUUAUUUAUUCACUGGGGCCCGUAUUCGGUACCUGGGUGGGGGAAUUCGACUCCUUAUGAGAGUUAUGCCGAGUGGUUUUGGUGGUAUACCACACAUAGAGAGGCCGACAAGUCGGACUUUUACAAUUAUAGAUUGCGCACUUUCGGCCCUGACUGGAAUUACGACGAUUCUUUCGCCAACUUCACUGCUUCGAACUGGGAUCCUAAGGCCUGGGUUGACCUGAUCUACGCGUCAGGCGCAAAGUACUUUGUACUUACCACCAAGCACCACGACGGAUUUGCCUUAUUCAACACUUCAAGUACUACAGACCGCAACUCAUUGCUUUACGGUCCCCAUCGCGACAUUGUGCAAGAGCUUUUCAGUGCUGCGGAGGCAUACCAACCAGAUCUUAGGCGAGGAACUUAUUUUUCUCUUCCGGAGUGGUUCAACCCGGACUUUGGUCCGUAUGGGUUCGCUCAACUACCUGGGAAUACAUCCACGAGCUGGCCAGGGAUCAUCGCACGAAAUCCAUACACAGGUCGCGACGAACCAUACACAGGGCGACUGCCAAUCAACGAUUUUAUCACCGACUUGAUGGUACCUCAGAUGGAGAUACUAGCCUACAACUACUCGACUGACAUCCUGUGGUGCGACUGCGGCGCCGCCAACGGAACAGCUCCCUUUGCAGCGGCGUGGUGGAAUCAUGCCCGUGCACAGAAUAGACAGGUCACCAUCAACUCACGCUGCGGAUUAGCUGAAGCCGCUGAUUUCGAUACUCCAGAGUACAUGACCUUUUCUUCCGCGCAGCGACGAAAGUGGGAGUCCAAUGAGGGUAUGGAUCCUUACAGUUAUGGAUACAAUCGUGCAACCCCCAACUCUUCUUAUAUGAAUGCAACCACUAUUGUGCAAGAUUUAGUGGACAUGGUUAGCAAAAAUGGAAAUUUCUUGCUGGAUAUUGGACCCCGUGCAGACGGAAGUAUUGUCGAGGCUGAAGCAAAUAACUUGCGAAUGGCAGGGGAGUGGAUUCAUAGCCAUGCUGAGGCUAUAUUCAAUACCACCUACUGGUUCGUGAUGUCCAAGAUCGCAGACCAGGGGAUCAGGUUCACUCAAACGAAUGAUGCUUUUUACAUUCUGUUUUUGACAAAGCCAACAUGCCCGGAUAUCUAUAUCGACGCUCCAUUACCCUUGUUAAAUGGGGACGUCGUCUCCGUCGUAGGAGAAAACAAAUCAGAGCCACAUAUCACUUGGGAAAACUUACGAAAACAUAAUCAGAAAGGAGGCUCGUCUUCGGCACCUGGAAGUGGCUUCAGAUUUCAUAUACCAGAGACUGCAUGGGAAGGGGAAAAGUAUUGCUGGGUGUUAAAAAUCUCAUACAAAGCAUGA